AUGCCGGGAUAUGCCAAGUUUAUGAAGGACUUGGUAACAAAUAAGAGAUCCGUGAACUUUGAAACGAUCAAAAUGACACAUCAAGUGAGUGCCAUUGUGCAUUCCAUGACUCCAAAAUUAGAAGACCCCGGUGCCUUUACUAUCCCAUGCACUAUUGGUAGUGCCGAUUUCGCCAAAGCUUUAUGUUAUUUGGGGGCAAAUAUUAAUUUGAUUCCCUAUUUUGUGUUCAAUACAUUGGGGAUUGGGCAGCCAAGACCAACUUCCAUGCGGUUGCAAAUGGCGGACAGGACAAUGAAGAGGCCAUUGGGGAUAAUUGAUGAUGUGCUAGUUUGGGUCGACAAGUUCAUAGUUCCCGCAGAUUUUGUGAUACUUGACUGUGAGCCUAAUAGCAAUGAAGUGUGUUCGUUUGCGGACCUUGUGACCGAAGUAAUUGUUGAUGACACUAGUGCUAUGAUUAAUGUUGAAGACCCGUUGCAAGCUGUGUUAUUGAAUCAUGAUGAGGAUGAAAGGGAAGGCUUGGUAGAACGUGUCAAUGCUUUGCAAGGAAUGGUAGAAUCCACCCUUGCGAUGCGCCAAAGGUGGAAGAAGGCAAUAGGUUGGACAUUGGAUGAUAUUCGGG